AUGGCCUAUCUGCAGACAGUUCUCAUUCUGAGUUUAUGUGCUACAAGCCUGAGUUUGCCAACAUCCUCUCUCUCAGGCAACACAGAAAUUGAUGUGGAUAAUGGAAAAGACAAUGACAUCUUUGACAUAAAUAAAGAGGCAGGCCUUCAUUUGGUGGAGGGAGAUAUAGUGAUUGAUGAGGCACAAAGCAAAAAUGCUAUUUUGGGAGAAAAGUAUCGCUGGCCUACCACCGUGCCGUACUUCUUGGAUAAGACACUAGAGAUUAAUGCCAAAGGUGUGAUCCUGAAAGCAUUUGAACAAUACAGACUCAAGACGUGUAUUGACUUCAAGGAGUGGAGCGGAGAACCAAACUACAUUUCUGUAUAUAAAGGCAGUGGAUGUCACUCUUCGGUGGGGAACCGGCACGUUGGAAAGCAGGAACUGUCAAUUGGUGCAAACUGUGAUCGUUUGGGAACCGUGGAGCAUGAGUUUCUUCAUGCUUUGGGUUUCUGGCAUGAGCAAUCCAGAUACGACAGAGAUGAUUAUGUUGUCAUAAUGUGGGAUCAGAUUGAAGAAGGUCACGCACACAACUUCGAGAUACACAGUGACAAGGUGUCAACCUCUCUCGGUGUGCCGUAUGACUACAAUUCUGUUUUGCACUACAGUAAGACAUCCUUCAACAAAGAUAAAGAGCCAACUAUCGUCACCAAGAUACCAGAAUUCAUGGAUGUGAUCGGUCAGCGGAUGGAGUUUAGUGACAGUGACCUGCUCAAGCUCAACAGGCUAUAUAACUGCUGUGCAGGCUUAACUUUCCUGGACUCAUGCCAGUUUGAACAGCCGAACAUCUGUGGUAUGAUCCAGGGUGAGGGUGGGAAUUCCAAGUGGACUCAAGUGCAACAAGCAGAGGGGGGUCCAAAAACAGACUUUACCGUUCUGGGUCAAUGUCAAGGUUUCGGGUACUUCAUGCAUUUCAGCACAUUGACAGGAAAUCACGGAGACAAGGCUUACCUGGAGAGUCGUCUCUUUUACCCCACCAGAGGCUUCCAGUGCCUGCAAUUCUAUCAUUACAACAGCGGGGGCGAUGAUGAUCAACUAAACAUCUGGGUGCGCGUGUACACCGAUGACGAAUCCAAAGGAGACCUGAGAUUCGUUGAGACGAUAAGUGGUGGACCUAAAAACUCCUGGGAGCUGUACCAUGUGAGCCUUCAGGUCUCUCAAAAAUUCAGGGUGGUGUUCGAGGGGGUUAAAGGACGUCAUGCAUCAAAAGGGGGUCUGUCUCUGGAUGACAUCAACCUCUCGGAGACGCAGUGUCCUCACCACACUUGGCGUAUUCGUGACUUUACCAGCCUUCUCGCCACAAUCCAAGUAGGCUCCAAAAUCUUCAGUCCACCCUUCGUGUCCAGGGAAGGUUACUCUUUUCAGGUUAGCGUGUACAUUAACGGCAAGACAGAUAGCCCAGAUAAGAUGGCAAUCUACUUCCACUUGACUUCCGGACCUUAUGAUGAACAUCUCAAAUGGCCGUGUCCGUGGCAACAAGCUUCCAUGGAGAUGAUGGACCAGACUCCAGACAUCCAAAAACGCAUGAACAACCUGAGGAUGGUCACUACAGAUCCAACUAAGACCUCCACUGAUUCUGCAGGUAAUGUGGAAUAUUUCUGGGACGACCCACGAAAAGUUGGUAGUCUGGUCACUGACUCCGAUGGCAAUUCAUACUAUCGGGGGCCAGGUUACGGCACCACCAAUUUCAUCACGCAUGAACACUUCAAGAGCCGAAGCUUUAUUAAAGGAAAUGACGUGAUCUUUCUCCUGUCUCUUGAAGAUGCAACUGGACUUUUGAAGCAGCAGCUUGCAGACUUUGGGAUACCAGAUAUCAGAGAUCUGAAACCAGCGAUUGAUGACUCAGUGACAGCUUCCACCGGCAGUUCCACAGCAACGUUGGCGAUAAGUGUCUUUGUGGCAGCUGCCAUGUUUAUGGCUGUCGCCGUGGGCGCACUGUACUAUGUGCAGAGAGUUCGGAAAAGACAGAUGGAAAGAGAUGGAGAGGCUGAACCAGAGAGGACCGAUGGCUCAGUAGAUGGCCGUCCACUGGGCACGGGCAAGGUGAGGCAACAGUCUAAGGAAUUACGACUACAAGUGGGAAUGCUCCACAACGAACUGCUCUCACUGUUUGUCAUUCAAUCUCCUAAUAACCCCAUCAUUCUUGGACUCCCUUGGCUGCGAGAACACGACCCACACAUUUCAUGGCAAGAUGGACAGAUAACACGUUGGUCAGAAUUCUGUUUUAUGAACUGCCUUUCGCCCACAACCCCGAUUCCCCUCAACACAACCAGUUUAACAGAGGAAUAUGCUGAUAUCAACGAUCUGCCUCCCGAAUAUCACGACCUGAUCGAAGCAUUCAGUAAAGCCAAACCCACCAAACUACCUCCUCACCAUUCUCACGAUUGUGCUAUUGAGUUAAUACCCGGCACUAACCCCCCUAAGGAACGUAUCUUCCCCUUGUCAGAACAAGAAUCUCAGGCCAUGAAGAAGUACAUUACAGGAGUUAUCCAAGGGCUUUAUGCGACCAUCUACAUCACCUGCUGCAGCUGGAUUUUUCUUUCGCUGGAACAACUUCGUAAGGCCAAGUAUUUCACAAAGCUGGAUUACCGUAGUGCUUACAAUUUGAUUCGAAUCAAGGAAGGGGAUGAAUGUAAGACUGCAUUCUCCACCAGCGACGGACACUAA